AUGAAACCUGUUUACUUGGACGGCACACUUCACAGGUUGAGAAACGACGGAAGUAUCAUAGCUUUCAAUCCCAGAAUCGAGCAAGCACGGCAUAUCAUUCCGAGCAAACUCUUGUUCGGUGUCGGCGAUAACCGCCUGACAUUGAUAUCGGCAACCAUGGAGAUGAUUUACGCUUUAAACCUUGAAAGUAUCCACACCAAUUCCAAAUGGACUCUCACAAGACUGAUCAGGAACAAAGCGGUAAACGAAGGUAUUACGUUAUCCUGGGACGUGGACGCGUACGACGGCAAGUGUUUAGUGGUGAGGACGAUGACUAAUCUUACAGAUAACCGAGUGGUUUAUGGCUAA